AUGGCCAUGCUUAAUGGAACUAAUUUUAAGGAAUGGAAAAGGCACUUACUUAUAGUGCUUGGCUGUAUGGACAUAGACCUUGCGCUAAGGGAAGAACAACUUGCACCUCUUAUUGCGGAAAGAACCCCUGAUGUCAAGAGGGAUUUUGAGAGGUGGGAUCGUUCAAAUCGCAUGAGUCUAAUGAUCAUGAAACACAACAUUCUAAAAGCCUUUAGGGGCACAGAAUCUAAAAAGAUUACUCAAGCUAAGGGUUUCCUUGAUGAAAUUGAGAAGCGUUUUGCUAAAAACGAUAAGGUUGAAAUGACAUCACUUCUGACUUCUUUGAUGUCCAUGAAGUAUAAGGGUCAAGGAAACGUAAGGGAGUACAUUAUGGAGAUGUUCUAUACUGCUUCAAGACUUAAGGCACUUAAGAUCGAGCUUUCUAAGGAAUUACUUGUUCUUAUGGUUUUGGUAUCACUUCCUGCACAAUUUAAUCAAUUUAAAAUUAGUUAUAACUGUCAAAAGGAGAAAUGGACCCUAAAUGAGCUCAUUUAUCAUUGUGUGCAAGAGGAAGAAAGGUUGAAGCGUGAUAAGUCUGAAAGUGAUCAUUUGGCCAAUGCCCCUAAAGACAAGGGCAAGAAAAGAAAAUAUCAGAAUGAAGUUGAUAAGGGUCCAGCUAAAAAUAAACAACAACAAGCUACAGAGAGUUGUUUCUUUUGUAACAAGUCUAGACAUGUAAAGAAAGAUUGUACCAAAUAUCAUGCUUGGCGUGCAAAGAAAGGGUUGCCUAAGUUACCGAAAGCCAAGUGA